CAGCUUACUAUUUCAGCUUUUGUUUGGCGGUGGCUUUGUCAUUUGAGUCAUUUGUGUCUAAUUAAUUCCAGAUAUUAAAAAGUUAAGAGAUGAAUAUCGUCAAUACUUUACACCCCCAAAAUCCAACGGCUCCGUAUCACUUGGCAGGAUGUGAUUGGAUGCAAACAGAAGCCAGUACUGGGACAUCUAUUAUGGCAGUGGAAUUUAAUGGAGGAGUAAUCAUUGGAGCAGAUUCAAGAGCUACCACUGGCGCUUAUAUUAGCAACAGAACUGCUGACAAGUUGACCAAAAUCACAGAUAAUAUCUACUGCUGUCGUUCUGGGUCUGCAGCCGAUACACAGGCUAUUGCUGAUAUCGUUUCCUAUCAUUUAGGAUUUCAUCAGAUGGAACUUGAAAGUCAGCCAUUAGUUGAAACAGCAGCGAAUGUGUUCCGUGAAAUGUGUUACAACUAUCGUGACUCUCUUGUUGCUGGAAUAUUAGUUGCUGGCUGGGAUUCACAGAAGGACGGCCAAGUUUACAGUAUUCCAAUCGGUGGUAUGUGUGUACGCCAACCAAUUUCCAUCGGAGGAUCUGGGUCCUCCUAUAUCUAUGGAUACGUCGACGCAAACUAUAAGCCCAAUAUGUCUAAAGAAGAGUGUAUUAAACUCGUCACUAAUAGUUUGGCAUUGGCUAUGAGUCGCGAUGGAAGCAGUGGAGGGGUGAUCCGCAUUGGAAUUAUUACAAAGAACGGUGUGGAACGUCGACUGAUUCUGGGUGAUGAAAUCCCCAAGUUUUACGAAGGAUAAUUACAUUUAAACUCAAGCAGCUCCGUUCUGUUUUCCUUGAUCCCUUCGUAAUAAUUAAUGUUUUGUUCGACCAUACAUUUAUUAAUCCCGGGUGUAAUAAACAUAUUUGCUAAUCAA